CCUUGAAAGCGUCCCAGGCGGAGGACGGGCCGCGACCAGCAGAGAAGGUGACGGAGCUGAGACAUGGAGAACAACCCAGCACCAACUGGCAGACCCCUGAUGGAUGUAACCACUUUCAAGGACAACUUCGGUCACAACUGGGAGAAAAAAACAUACCUGUGGUACGAGAUGGAGGUCCCGGAGGGUGACGCCUGGGUCCCAGUGGAGGAGCUCCAGGGCUUCCUGCGCAACCAGGGAGCUGACACACACUGGGAACCCCGUCAUGCAGAAGAGUGCUUCCUGAAUCGGGUCCGUUCUUGGCACCUGGAUGAGGGGAAGCAGUACAGCCUCACCUGCUGCUACAUCUGGAGCCCCUGCCCUGACUGUGCCCAGAAACUGGUGGAAUUCCUGGGCGAGAACAGCCAUGUGAGGCUGCGCAUCUUCGCUGCUCGCAUCAAUACCAAAUACCAUGGUUAUCAGGAUGGGCUGCGCAACCUGCGGGACGCUGGGGCCCAACUCGCCAUCAUGACCCUCAAAGGUCAGCAGGGACUCCUGAGGGUGGGAGGUGGGCGGGCAGAGAGGCUGGGAAAUGGCUACACAGAGGGGGCAGGAGGAGAAUCCAGGUGGGGAAGCCUGUCAGCUGCCUGCAGGGGGGCUGCUGGGUCUGGAGAGGAUGGAGUCCCCUGGAGGAGAGAGUUCAGG